UCCUUUUUGCUCCUUGCAAAUUCUGAAAGAUGUCAUCUGAUGCACUGUCAUGUGCGUUUGUUUAUAUUAGUUAUGUGUGAGGAGUACUCUCUUAAGAGAGACAUAGAGAGUACAUUUUUCGCUUUAAGUUAAAGAAAGUUAUCUUUAAUUUAGAAAAUUUGCUUAGAAACAUGAGCUUGCGUUGUGUGUUAGUUAUAAAUUUAUCAAAAGAAGAUUUUGGGAAAAUUCUACUUCUACGGCAAUUUCCAACUGUUGAAAAAAGAUGUGAAAAAGCAUAUGGUAAUGAUUAUGUUCCCCUUCCAGCACCUUCAAUGUUUGUUAAUAACUUACUUGUUAGAUUGGCAUUAUCUUCAGAUUCAAAACAGUAUGUUGAGUGGCGUGAUAAGGCAAAUGGAACAAUGCAGUUACCUGUGAUUGGAAUAAAUACUGAGAAAAAAGAACUUUGGCCUGUUGUUGCAAUUGCUCAAAAUUACUUUCUUGUUUGUUGUGUGCCAUUUGUUGAAGACAAAAAUGUUGAUAGAAAAGAUCUUUUGAAAAUAUUAUCUGUAUCAGUAGGAUUUUCUGUCUUACUUGGAGUCUUGAACUUUUUAGCUACUGCUGAUAGACUUACUUGUUUAAUAGAUUUAGACAAUUAUUUGACCUUGAGUAUGCCAUUUGGGACUCCUUCUGAUACAGAUCUUUCAUCUGUUCCUUACAUUAACAAGUUUCAUGCACAGAAAUUCAUUAAAAGGCAACCAGCCUGGAAACCAUUUGAUUAUAAAGGAAAACAACAAAUCAGUUUUAAAAUAUUAGAGUUUGUCAGAUCAGUUCAGAGUGAUCAAUCUGGAAGCAUCUGUCAUUUAGAAACAUUUGGACAAAUUUCUGUGAAAGCUGAUGUAGAAGGCUCUCUUAACGAUGUUACUGUGUUACUGUUAUCUACAGAAUCUGGUCAGCCUUUGUCAUUGGAUUCUGUGGUCAUACAUCCUUGUGUCAGCAUUCAUGGUCCUUCUUCAAUUGGCUCAGGGUCAUUGAAACGUCUAAGAUUUUCUCCACCUUCAUAUGAAUUUAUCAUGCUUCAGUAUUGUUCUCCGUUUCCUAAGGAACCUCCUAUUCAAGGAGUUUUUAAAAUGUUGGGUGAAAAUUCAGUUGAGCUAUUGAUCCAGUUGAAAUUAAAUGACAAAGUCAAGAAUAGUUUUGACUACUGUGAUCUUAUCCUUGUGUUUUUCAACAGAGGACCUGUAAAGAACAUGGAGUUUAAUGUUAACCAUGGUUCUCCUAAGUUAUCAGAAGAUAAGCAUUCUUUAAAAUGGACUAUAGGAUCAAAAUUUCCAAGAGACUUGGAGGCUGUUCUCACAGCUAAGUUGGAAUUUCUCGAGAAACCUAUAAUGCCAAACAGUGAUUCCUUCUGUGUUGACAAGAACUGUUAUGCACAGAUAAAUUUCAAACAAAGCAAUUCAACACUAAGUGGAUGUAGUAUAGAUCCAAAAAAUGUUACAGUAUCAGAAGGCAGCAAACCAAAGAUAUUAAUAGAGCGAAGUGUCCAGUCUACUGAAUAUCGUAUAUGGAAUAACUAUGGUGAUCUGCCUUUUCCUGUAAAUAUUGAAAAUAAAUUUAACAAAGUAUUUUCAUAGUUUCUUUGUAAAAAAAAAAAUAUUUUUGUAAUUAUUUGAUCUUAUUGUUUGUACAUAAGAAUAAAAUAAAACACCCAGUGUA